AGCUCCCAGAGGCCUACACUCAAUAGGGAUGGAUUGGCAAGGUCCUUGCAGCUCACAAGUGGGUCCUUGCAGCUCACAGAGGCAUAGAGUCAGUAGGGAUGGGUUGGCAAGGUCCUUGCAGCUCACAAGUGGGUCCUUGCAGCUCUCAGAGGCCUACACUCAGUAGGGAUGGAUUGGCAAGGUCCUUGCAGCUCACAGAGGCAUAGACUCAGUAGGGAUGGGUUGGGGAAGGUCCUUGCAGCUCACAAACGGGUCCUUGAAGCUCACAGAUGCAUAACGCCUCUAGGGAUGGGUUGGAAAGGUCCUUGCAGCUCCCAGAGGCCCGGACCGGUCCCAGCUUUGCCCGCCAGGUCCUGGCAGGCGCAACGAAGCUCCCCCUGCCCCGUGUCCGUUUCAGUGCACCAACGGGCACCUGAUGUGCGCGGCUGCUUCUUGGAAAGGUCCUUGCAGCUCACAAAUGGGUCCUUGCAGCUUCCAGAAGAAUAACAUCUUAGGGAUGGGUUGGAAGGGUCCUUGAAGAUGAUGGCAGGGUCCUUGCAGCUCCCCAGAGGCCUACACUCAGUAGGGAUGGGUUGGAAAGGUCCUUGCAGCUCCCAGAGGCAUCGACUCAGUAGGGAUGGGUUGGCAAGGUCCUUGCAGCUCCCAGAGGCCUACACUCAAUAGGAAUGGAUUGACAAGGUCCUUGCAGCUUCACACCUCCGCAAACCGCUCCAGCUUCGCCCGCCAGGUCCUGGCAGGUGAAACGAAGCUCCCUCCCAUCCGUUUCAGUGCACCAACGGGCACCUGAUGUGCGCCGGCUGCUUCAUCCACCUGCUGGCGGACGCGCGGCUGAAGGAGGAGCAGGCCACGUGCCCCAACUGCCGCUGCGAGAUCAGCAAGGCGCUGUGCUGCCGCAACCUGGCCGUGGAGAAGGCGGUCAGCGAGCCGGCCGAGUGCGGCUUCUGCAUGCAGCAGUUCCCCAGGGCCCUGCUGGAGAGGCACCAGAGCGCAGAGUGCCACGACAGGGUGACGCAGUGCAAAUACAAGCGCAUCGGCUGCCCCUGGCAGGGCCCUUUCCACGAGCUGACGGUGCACGAAGCCGAGUGCACCCACCCCACCAAGACGGGCAAGGAGCUGAUGGAGAUCCUGGACGAGAUGGACCAGAGCCGCAAGAAGGAGAUGCAGCUCUACAACAGCAUCUUCAGCCUGCUCAGCUACGAGAACAUCGGCUACACGGAGGUUCAGUUCCGCCCUUACCGCACGGACGACUUCAUCACUCGCCUGUACUACGAGACGCAGCGGCUGACGGUGCUCAACCAGACGUGGGUGCUGAAGGCUCGCGUCAACGACUCCGAGCGCAACCCCAACCUGUCGUGCAAGCGCACGCUGUCCUUCCAGCUCAUCCUCAAGAGCAAAGUCAGCUCCCCCCUCGAAUGCUCCUUCCUCCUCCUCGAGGGUCCCUACGACGACGUCCAGAUCAACCCGGUCAUUUACCACUUUGUUUUCACCAACGAGAGCAACGAGACCGACUACGUCCCGCUGCCCAUCGUCGACUCGGUGGAGUGCAACAAACUGCUGGCGGCCAAAAACAUCAACCUGCGCCUCUUCCUCUUCCAGAGACAGAAGUGAAGGC